AGGGAAAUAAAAUAAUAAUCGUCCCAAAAUAGUAUAGGAAACACAAUUUGAGUUUUCAAAUUUCAGACAAAUGAAGCAUUUGAUUUCGUGAUAUAAUUCGCGCCACGGACAAAAAAAAUUGAAAUGCUUAGCUAGCGCCAUCUUUUCUCCUCCUUUCCGCCCCCAAAUUUCCCACCCUUUAUAUAUCGUGGUUGGCCUAGGGUUCCGAUCUCUCUCUCUCUCCGCUGCAUCGCUCUCGCCUUCACUCUCACUCAAUUUCGAUUUUCAUCCUCGCUUUCCUUUCCAUCAUCGCUUUCAACAGGUGAAGCCAACGCCUCCACCUCCGCCGUUUUCAUCGACGCCAGAUAGUGGAAAUAGAGCAGUACCGCAGCUAAGAAAGAUAUGCCGACUAAUCAAAAACAAAAAAAGAAGCUUGCUUCACAAACUGUUGAAGACGCCAAUGUUUCUCGUAAAAGGCCAAAGCGAGCUGCUGCUUGUUCAGAUUUCAAGGAGAAAUCUGUUAAAAUAUCUGAGAAAGAUUCUGUAAUUGAAAAAAAAGAAGAUGGGGUUGUCGAGGAGGAAGUCCUAGCUGUUCGUAUGACUGCUGGGAAGGAGGAUGGUCGCCCUUGUAGGCGCCUCAUGGAUUUCACAUUUCAUAACUCAGAUGGCAUCUCUCAGCCCUUUGAAAUGCUGGAAGUUGAUGAUAUCUUCAUCUCUGGUCUUAUCUCGCCACUUGAGGAUAGUGGCGACAAGGAGAAAGAUAAAGGAGUAAGAUGCGAAGGAUUUGGGCGCAUUGAAGAAUGGUCUAUAUCUGGUUAUGAAGAGGGAUCACCUGUAAUAUGGGUAACCACAGAGGUUUCUGAUUAUGAAUGUAUUAAGCCCUCGGGAAGCUAUAAGAAGUUUUAUGACCGUUUUUAUGCUAAAGCUAGUGCUUGUAUUGAGGUCUACAAGAUAUUAUCAAAAUCUUCUGGAGGCAAUCUAAGCCUUGACGAGUUGCUUGCUGGUGUUGUGCGCUCCAUGAGUGGGAUGAAGUGUUUCUCCCGUGGUGUAUCUAUCAGGGAUUUUAUUCUUUCUCAGGGUGAAUUCAUUUAUAACCAACUUAUUGGUUUGGAUGAGACUUCAAAAAAGACUGAAAACCUUUUUGCUGGUCUACAUGUCCUAACUGCUCUUAAAGAUGAAAGUAGUAAGAUGGUUGACUUUGCAGAAGCUCAGCCUGUCUCUUUGCCUGGGAAUUUGAGAAUUGGCCUCAAAAUUGGAGAUGACAACAAAAAUGAACUGGCCAAGCCUUGUCAGACAGAAGAAGAUGAAGAUUCAAAAAUGGCAAGGCUGUUACAGGAAGAGGAGGACUGGCGCUCAAUGAAACAGAAGAAAGGCCGGGGUUCCUCCUCUUCGAGCAAAUAUUACAUUAUGAUCAAUGAGGAUGAAAUAGCAAAUGACUAUCCUUUGCCUGCCUAUUAUAAGACGUCAAAUGAAGAAACUGAUGAGUAUAUUAUUUUUGACAGUGGCAUUGAUGUGCUAAAUAUUGAAGACCUACCCCGAAGCAUGCUCCAUGAAUGGGCUUUGUACAAUUCAGAUGCUAGGCUGGUUCCGUUAGAGCUCCUUCCCUUGAAACCCUGUGCUGAAAUUGAUGUUACUAUAUUCGGGUCAGGCAUAAUGACUGCAGAUGAUGGGUCUGGAUACAUUUGUGAUGGUGAUUCUACUCAGGCAUCAAAUGGUUCUGCGGCUUCUGCAGUUGAAGGCAUCCCUGUUUUCUUGAGUGCAAUAAAAGAGUGGGUAAUUGAGUUUGGGUCCUCAAUGAUUUCCAUUUCAAUACGCACGGAUAUGGCCUGGUACAGACUUGGAAAGCCUUCAAAGCAAUAUGCUCCAUGGUAUGACCGAGUCCUGAAAACUGCGAGGCUUGCUAUCAGUAUCAUUACCUUGUUAAAGGAGCAGAUCCGGGUGGCAAGACUUUCUUUCACUGAUGUGAUCAAGAAAAUCACAGAACUUGCCAAGGAUCACCCUGCUUUUAUAUCAUCUACUCUAGAAGCAGUGGAGAGAUAUGUUGUGGUGCAUGGUCAGAUUAUUCUGCAGCAGUUUUCUGAAUACCCUGAUGAUAUCAUAAAGAAGUGUGCCUUCGUACUUGGCCUCGCCAAGAAAAUGGAAGAGAAGCACCAUACCAAAUGGCUUGUCAAGAAAAAGAAGCUUCUUCAUAGGAAUGAGCAGAAUUUGAAUCCCAGGGCUGCUAUUGAGCCUGUUGUGUCCAAAAGGAAGGCUAUGCAAGCAACUACAACCAGAUUAAUCAACAGAAUCUGGGCUGGAUACUAUUCAAAUUACUCACCUGAGGCAGUGGAUGGAUUGAAUGGUGAAGUAAAAGAGGUUCAUGAAAUUGAAGAGCAAGAUGAAAAUGAAGAGGAUGAUUCUUUGGAAGAGAAAGUGAUUGUAUUGGAAGAAACUCAGACAACUAAGCCGACACCAAGGCAAACCAAGUCAAGUUCUUGUGUAAAGGAAGUCAAGUGGGAUGGGGAAUCUGUAGGCAAACUGUGUAAUGGUGUGGAUUUAUACAAGAAGGCCAUAGUCCAUGGUAAUGAAAUUGUGGUUGGGGGGGCUGUUCUUCUCAAAGAUGAUGACAAGGAUGAAUUUCCACCCUUCUAUUUUGUAGAAUACUUGUUUGAAAAGUCAUAUGGAAGUAAAAUGUGUCAUGGGAGAAUGAUGCAACUGGGCUGCCAAACUGUGCUUGGAAACACAGCUAAUGAAAGGGAGGUGUUUUUGACAAAUGAGUGUAUGGAUUUCCAACUACAAGAAGUCAAAGAAAGUAUAUCUGUUGAUCUAAGAUCAAUAUCUUGGGGUCAUCAGCACAGAAAAGCAAAUGCUGAUGCUGAGAAAAUUGAUAGAGCAAGAGCAGAUGAAAGAAAAAAGCAGGGAUUGCCUACUGAAUAUUACUGCAAAAGUCUGUAUUGGCCCGAGAGAGGAGCCUUCUUUACUCUUUCAUAUAGUACGAUGGGGCUUGGAUCUGGCUCUUGUGAGGCUUGCAAUAUAAAAGAAACUGAAAGGCAAAAGGAAAAGUUUAUAUUGGAUGCAUCUUUGAUCAGUUUUACAUACCAGGGAACUAAAUAUUCUAUCAAUGACUAUAUCUAUGUGAGUCCUUCCUACUUUUCAUCAGACGAAAUGGAGGCUGAGAUUUACAAGGCUGGGAGAAAUGUUGGAUUGAAGGCGUAUGCAAUAUGCCAGCUGCUCGAAAUUUGUGAGCUGAAGAAGUCCAAAAAGAGUGAUGCCGAUUCCAUUCAGGUCAAAGUCAGGAGAUUUUUCAGGCCAGAGGAUGUAUCAUCUGAGAAGGCAUACUCAUCAGAUAUUCGAGAGGUCUAUUAUAGUGAGGAGAUGCACACCAUACCUCUAGAUGUUAUUGAAGGAAAAUGCGAGGUCAGACGAAAGAAGGAUCUUGGGGCGCUAGAUGUCCCCUCUAUCUCUAACCAUGUUUUCUACUGCGAACAUCUGUAUGAUCCUUCCAAAGGAUCCAUUAAGCAGUUACCAUCAAAUAUUAAAUUACAGUACUCAACUGGGAAGAGUAAUGAUGAUUCUGCAUCUAGGAAAAAGAAAGGGAAAUGCAAAGAAGGAGAGAAUGAUACAGAACCUGAAAAAGUUGUAUCAAAUGAGUACCGCUUGACUACUUUGGAUAUUUUUGCUGGCUGUGGUGGUUUGUCUGAGGGACUAGAGCAAUCAGGUACCACUCUCACAAAAUGGGCUAUUGAGUACGAUGCUCCUGCUGGAGAUGCAUUUAGACUGAAUCAUCCUGGGACUUUGGUAUUUGUAAACAACUGUAAUGUUAUCCUCAGGGCGGUCAUGCAAAAGUGUGGGGAUGUAGAUGACUGCAUUUCCACCCCAGAGGCUGCAGAAUUGUCAGCAUCAAUGGACAAAGUGGAAGUUGAAAACCUUCCACUACCCGGACAAGUCAAUUUUAUUAAUGGUGGCCCUCCUUGCCAGGGUUUUUCUGGAAUGAAUAGGUUUAAUCAAAGCACCUGGAGUAAAGUCCAAUGCGAGAUGAUUUUGUCAUUUUUAUCCUUUGCUGAUUACUACCGUCCAAAGUAUUUCCUUCUCGAGAAUGUUAGGAACUUUGUAUCUUUCAACCAAGGGCAGACCUUUCGCUUAACUUUAGCUUCACUCCUUGAGAUGGGGUAUCAGGUGAGAUUUGGUAUCCUCGAAGCUGGUGCUUUUGGAGUUCCUCAGUCUAGAAAGAGAGCUUUCAUUUGGGCAGCGGCUCCUGAAGAGCUCCUUCCAGAGUGGCCGGAGCCAAUUCAUGUCUUUGCAGCACCAGAGCUAAAAAUCUCAAUGUCGAAAAACUUGCAAUACUCUGCUGUCAGGAGUACUGCAAAAGGUGCCCCAUUCCGUCCUCUUACAGUCAGAGAUACAAUUGGAGAUCUUCCACCAGUGGUCAACGGUGCAUCUAACACAAGCUUAGAGUAUCAAAGCGAUCCAAUUUCGUGGUUCCAGAAGAAAAUCCGUGGUAACAUGAACACAUUAACGGACCACAUAUCAAAAGAAAUGAAUGAGCUUAAUCUGAUCAGGUGUCAGAGAAUACCCAAGCGUCCUGGCUGUGAUUGGAGGGAUCUGCCCGAGGAGAAGGUCAAGUUAUCUAAUGGCCAAAUGGCUGAUCUGAUACCCUGGUGCUUGCCAAAUACGGCCAAGAGGCACAAUCAAUGGAAGGGACUUUAUGGCAGGUUGGAUUGGGAGGGAAAUUUUCCAACUUCAAUAACAGACCCCCAACCAAUGGGUAAAGUGGGGAUGUGCUUUCAUCCCGAUCAAGACAGAAUUGUGACAGUCCGUGAAUGUGCACGUUCUCAAGGUUUCCCGGACAGCUAUAAAUUUUUUGGUAAUAUCAUCCACAAGCACAGACAGAUCGGAAAUGCAGUUCCUCCUCCUCUAGCAUAUGCCCUUGGAAGCAAACUGAAGGAAGCUGUUGAGAAGAAAAGAAGCAUGUCGAUGACAAUCAUGCUAACUGAUGGCGUUGAAGAACAAACUCACGGCGUGCUUAUGGGCCGUCUCGUUGACAAUGUGGGUGGCAUUUUCUUUGUAAACAGUCUAUUUGAGCAAAGUUGUUUAUAGAUCGGCUCAACAUUAUUAGUAGACAUUUCGAGUUAAGAUUGAGGGUGUCUUUCUUAGUUAAGGGAUGUAACAAAUUUGCGUCGGAAACUCUUUUUAGUGUCAAUUACUCAUUAUAAACUUUAGAAUUUUAAUCUUGUAGCUACUCUAUGGUAUGCAAAUUGCAAUAGUUAAUCAGCAAUCAGCAUCAAUUCCUAA